AUGGCACGGAGGACCGAUCCAAGCGACGACGACUGGCGGAGCGUCGAGGAUGCAAAGAAAAGGAAGCAGAUUCAAGACCGACUAGCACAAAGAGCAAGACGACAGCGCCUUCGCGAAGCAAAGAACAAUGCGAAACGCGGGUCUCGAAAGGAUGAAACGCCCAAGUCCGACGGCGACGCGCAACAAGUCGACGAAACCCAAUCUCAAGCCAUUGUACCACGAUCUCCCGGAAGAAUGGCCCUUGCUCCCCACGAUUUUAUCGAAAUGCUCCCAAUCUGCGCAGUUGCAUCAGAUGCGAGUGGCAUCUCGUCAACUAUCGAGUUCCCAUCUUCAGACGCAUGCAGCUCUUCGUCUGGUGAACUUCCACCCUUCGACAUAGGCAACAUCCCUUUAUGUCCAUUCUUCGUAGCCCAAGCCGAGGCCGAGGCCGCGCGUGCGAUCGCAGCCGCAAUUCCCUCACCAGCAGGCCAACCCAAUUAUCCACUCUCAGUCUACGGCGCGCUCUUUCUCAACGGCCAAAUGCUCGGUCUAUCAUGCAGCACCGUGAUCCCCGCCAAAUCCACCCCCGCCACUCCAGAUAUCCCACUCCCUCUCCAGCCAACCGAGCUACAACUCAUGACGAUACAUCACCGCUGGAUAGACAGGUUUCCAUUUCCCAAGAUGCGGAAUUCGUUGAUAACCUUGGCCGGCAUUAUUAAUGAGGAUGAGUUCUUCCAUGAUUUGACGCUCAUUCCGAGUUUUACUAUUGUGCCUGGGCGUGCACCGUGGGAUCCAAGGGCAUGGAAGAUUGAGAAGCCCUUUGCUGAUAAAUGGGGUUAUUUGUUCUUCUAGAAGUGCAUAAGGAUGGAGAAGACGACCAAGGAGACCCGGAGGCCCAGAGUAGCGGACCACCUUGAUAUAUGGAUUAGACGACUUGGAUACUCACUCGCUGAUGUACAUAUCCGCCUACCAAACUC